AUGAGCAUGCACACCGUUCAGCCUGAUUUUGCCUACGGUGGACAGACUUCAGGCACCAUACAAGCCCCAAAAGCCCUCCCGGCUGAGCCGCCGCCUCCUUACACCGAGUGUCUUCAUCAAGACGCGUACCAACUCGAACGACCCGCUUUCGAAAGCCACAUACGCAGCGACAACUAUGAGCUCGAACUGUUGCGAUCCUACUCCUCUCGGGCCACUUCAUCAAAAUCAUCUCACCCAGCACUCCAGCCCCCAAUCGUCAUCCCGCAAACAACGAGAUCCUUCAGAGGCCCCUAUUACAGCCCUUUCGUCCGAGCCUACGCUCCCGAUCUCGCCCAACACGGCAUCUCCCGCUCUGACUUCGUUUCUUUCAUCAACGGCCUGAACGAAUCUUGGGUCGCCCAUUAUGCUUUCGAGGCAGUCGACCUGGUGGGCUUUGCCAUUGGAUGUACUGGUCCAGUCGAAGCUAUGCUCCUUGGCGCGGGCAUAGAAGUCGCAGCACAAUUGAGUAGCGCGGCGACGUCGUACUACCGGUCCAAGACCUUUCUGAAAAAUUUCAAUGCUGAAUUGUUUCAUCCUUUGGGUUUACAUGCUGAAGUAUGCAAUACCAAAGAGAUGUUGGAGAAGAUCGAAUUUCCUGAGGGCGAAUUGAAAUUGGAAGCGUUGGAUUGGGACGCACAACUUGAUGCAGCACUGGUCGACGAAAAGGACAAGACAGCUGCUGAUGCAAAAGGCUUCUCGGUGUUGUCUGAAAAGGACUCUUGCACACGAAGAAUGGAAGCUUUGAAAGAUUAUGUCGCUACCCUAGACUUCGACGUUCCGGCACUAGUACGCCCCGAAACCAUCCUCAGCAAAAUGUCGGCCACGCGAGCUCAGCGUAUGACGAAACGCCAGCACAAGAAAGAUAUCCGAAAGCGAAGCAAGACCGCCAGAAAACGAGCAGAGAGCAUCAAGGGUGCCGAAGACGCAAUUGCCAAUGCUGUAAAUGAUUUGCGAACCAUGGUGAUGGAACUCGACGACAUGAAAUUAAGGAAAGAGCAUGAGCUUGCAGAAGCAGCAGGUGAUGAGAAAAAGCAGCAGAAGAUCAGCAAAGAAUUUGAGAAGAUGGAGAAAGAGUCGAGGAAGAAUUUGGAGAAGACACGGAAGAGACUGGAAGAGGUUGACGGAGGAUAGGGAGGAGAAACUUACGCAGAAGAUUCGAUGGGUUGUUAUCUCGAAUUGGGAUAGGGAAGAACAGAAGGAGGGAG